UUGCAAUUUCAAUACUAUUGGUCCUCAGUCUUGUCGAUGCUGGCCCCUUUACAUUGACAUUCCCAAUGUCAGUACGUAAUGGACGGCAAAUUCGUGCACCAUUUAAAAACCCAGAAAUAAUGGUUGCUCGAGGUUAUGGAAAGAGAGAUUCACCUAUAAGUCGAGAUAAGAUGUCAAACAGUGGUUUGGAAGAUUUAGAGGAUGAAAGUAUUCCAAUUGAAUGGAUGGCUCAUGAAUUGACAGCGAAUCCAGCUCUAAUUCGCCUGCUUUUGCAUAGAUUUGUUGAUGUCAAUCGUGAUGGUGCAAUAAGUGCAAGGGAGUUACUAGGAAAUUCACAAGAUGGCGCUACUGAAAUUUACUAAAUAAAAACAAAAAAUGAAAUAAGACAAAUAAGUAAAUAAUUCUUAACAAAAAUCUAUAAAAACAGAAAAAUCUAUAUUAACAAAGGCCUCCGAAAUGAUUUUACAAUCCUACUUAAUAACUCAAAAACAAAAUAUGCUUUAAAAACCAAAGACAGAAAUUAAACCACUAAAAAUAUUCUAUUUAAGGCUGGAAGAAUAUUUUUAAUGGCAACAUUUACUUUUUUUUAAUUUCUAUGAACAAAAACAAAGUUUUUCAUCUUCAUCUUAAAAAGUUUAUAAAAUUUGUUUUUAUAAGAAAAAAGCCU